AUGAGUGAUAUGCGUGAUCAUUCCAACUCUUGCUCUUAUGAUUGUGAGCCAGCAGAUGAUGCUACCGUGCUGAGCAGUUCGAUCAACAGCUUUGUGCUCCGCCGUAUGCAGUCUUCUGCAAUGCUCAAGUGGCAAAACGCAUCCAGUCAUCAUCACCAUCGUGCCAGCACCAAGGAAGGAACCGAGAUUGCCAUCAUUGGCUGUGACGACGGAAGCCUCCAAGACAAUGACGAUGACGAUCUCUUUGACAAUGACGAUGAGUGCAGUGUGGUGAGUCAACGAGAGGACUCCUUUGCCAACGACUGCAGUGCCGGAAGCUUUGGAUCCGGUCGAAACAGCACUAGCAGCAGUACCAAGAAGAAGAGUUAUCACAAGUUGAUCUCCAAGAAACUAGGCAGCGUUCAGAACUUGCUCGACGAAGAUUCCGAUAGUGACGAUGACUCUCUCGCGGGCGUUAAUACUAGCCGUACGUCAGAGAGGAGCCCCAAGACUGCCACAACUAAGGAUCGCUCGGAUCAUACCAGCAGCACCAGCCGAAAGACCCGUUCCGCAAGUCCCAUCCCCAGCCCCAGCCGAAACCUUCGUCGUAUCAAGUCCUCGGAUUCUUCGUCUGCUCGCAAGGCGGCCGUCAAUCCCAAGAAAAUGAUGCGCAAGGUCGUGUCCACAGAUGCUGCCGAUCAGUACAGACAGAGUGGAUCCAUCAAGAACAAACGAAUGGCGGCUCUCACGGCCGCAUCGAGCCAUUCUUCUUCUUCCCCCAAGCCCACCAAGUCGGGACUCAAGCGAUGCACGUCGGAUCUGGGAGGCAAAAAGUCCAAAGAUGUACUCAAAGGCAAGCCCAACCUUCAACUGAAGCGAUCUGCCUCGAGCGGAGGCUUGGCCAGCACCUGUAUCGGUAACGACAAUGUCGCCGUCAUGCCCAAACGAUCCCCUCGUGUCAGCAUCUCCCUACUUGGAAAAGGAUCUCUAUUGGAGAGCACCAAGGAAGCACCCAAUCUCGAGCUGCUGAACCUCAACCUCAUUGGGGCGGAGGAACCAAAACAAGAGCGCAAGAAAAAGCUCACACGAGCAAAAUCCAGCCAUGUCUUGGGAUCACGAAGAAGCAAUAAUUCUCCGCCACCACAAAAACCGCGACGCAAGAUCCAUCGAUCCGUUUCGGCCAAAGAGGACAAUAGUAGUAGUAAGCUGGAAGGCAGUCCUCAAAGCUGCCAUGCACGCACCGUCACACCAAUGUCAGCACCCAAAAAACCCACCCGAAGACCAUCGAGCAGCAAAAAGAGCAGCCGGUCACCGUCUCCUAAUAGUGCCAGUGCUGACACCCUGCCAUGUUACGAUUGGCAACAGGGAAAACCCCUCACGUCCCCAUCGGCCUAA